UUAUAUAAGAGUUGCCGGAAAAAGUAGCCGGACGGCCGGCGAAAUGCCGACCGUGAUGUCUACCGCGCACAGCAUGCGCGCAGGCGCGCCCGGCAGGUCCAGCGAGUAUGCAGGCAGCGUCCGCGCGCCCAGUAACGUGCACGCGUGCCCAGUACUCGGCAGUCAGGCCCCAGUCAUGCGCGUAGACGUGCAAGGUGCGCGUCAACACGCCCAGUCGCGUACACCGCAACGCAUCACACGCCCAGCCGCGUGUCCUGCAACGCCAGUACGCACGCCAGCAGCGUACCACGCAUACUGGCCAGUCACUACGCAUGCCAGCCCGCCCAGCAGCAUACUGCCUCGUAGAGAACCAGAUCAUCAAGAGCUCCCUCAGGCCACAGUAGUCGCACACUUUCGCGACUACCAUCCAGAGAAGUUUUCCGGCCAAGGAGAUCCUCGUAUAGUGGACGAAUGGGUUCAGGGCCUUGAAAUGAUUUUCGAGGUCAUGGACUGUCCUGAUCGAUAUCGUAUGUUAUGCGCACAAAUCCAGCUGACCGGUGAUGCUAGACUCUGGUGGAAUGCCUAUUGGAGUAUGUGUCCCGGAGAGAAAGAAGGCUGUACAUGGGAUCAAUUCAAGAGGUUAAUCCGUGGAAAGUACUAUCCUUCGUACUACCGAGCAGACAUAGAGCGCCAGUUUUUGGCACUCCAACAGGGUACUCGUUCUGUCGACGAGUACGAAAGAGAGUUUACCCGACUCGGAUCCUUUGUACCUGAUCUUGUAAGUACAGAGGAGAAGAGAGCUCUUCGUUUUACCGACGGACUUCUCCCAGCAGUCCGCCACAACAUGAGUAGGUCACGGCAUCCAGACCUACGCCCGCACAGUCGCCAUUGCCCAGGAGAUAGAUGCCAAGAUCCGACGAGAAGCCCAUCCGACCUUAGCCCAGCCAGUUGUUCAACCACCAGCCCAGCCCAAUGUUGCCCAACCAUCGAAGAACCAGAAGAAGAGGAAGUUCAGAGGAG